AAAGAAGUAUAAGAAAAAAAGAAAAUCAACUAAACCCAUCAAUACCUUGAAAAAAUCUGACAGUAUAUGAAGUCUUCCACAUCCAGCGACCUCCUGCUUCUGCAAAGGAUAGAGUGCUUUGACUAGGUGAAUGUGGCAAGAGAAGUCUGCAGUUCUGAAAUGGAGGUCAGAGCUUCAUUACAGAAGGUUAGUGGGUCAUCUGAUUCUGUGACCGCACUAAACAGUGAAGAAUUUGUCUUGGUACCUCAGCAAGCAGAUGAUACCUCUAUGAAAGUUGAUGAAAAACCUCAGCUAAAGAUAGUCUGUAAUGGAGAUGAACAGCUGGAGAAGGCAAUGGAAGAGAUUCUGAGGGAUUCUGAAAAAGGUCAAAACCAUCCUGAUUGUGACACUUCGACUGACAUUUGUGAUCAUGCAUUUACUGAUGUUUCAGCCAACCAAGCAAAUAGGCCUUCUCUCCAGUUAGUGCUGGACCCUUCUAAUACAGAAGUUUCCACUCUCCGACCGCCUUCUCCCAGUGAACCACCAGAGGAAGAUAGUGUAUUAUUUAAUAAACUGACUUACUUAGGAUGUAUGAAAGUUUCUUCUCCUCGAAAUGAAGUAGAAGCUCUACGAGCAAUGGCAACCAUGAAAUCUUCAAGCCAGUUUCCGUUCCCUGUGACUCUCUAUGUGCCAAAUGUUCCAGAAGGCUCUGUAAGAAUAAUAAACCAAUCCAGCAAUGUGGAAAUUGCGUCGUUCCCAAUCUACAAAAUACUGUUUUGUGCACGUGGCCAUGAUGGGACAGCAGAAAGUGAUUGCUUUGCAUUUACAGAGAGUUCUCGUGGGACGGAAGACUUUCAGAUCCACAUUUUCUCCUGUGAGAUUCAAGAGGCAGUCAGCAGAAUUUUAUACAGCUUCUGUACCGCAUUUAAACGUUCUUCCAGGCAAGCAUCAGACGUCAAGGACUCUGUGCUCCCCACUCCAGACAGUGAUGUAUUUACCUUCAGUGUCUCUUUGGAGGUCAAAGAGGAUGAUGGGAAAGGAAACUUCAGUCCUGUGCCUAAGGAUAGAGAGAAAUUUUACUUCAAAUUGAGACAAGGAAUUGAAAGAAGGUUGUGAUCACAGUGCAACAACUGUCUAAACAAGGAAUUAGCAAUUGAAAGAUGUUUUGGAAUGUUACUAAGCCCAGGUCGAAAUGUGAAGAACAGUGACAUGCAUUUACUGGAUAUGGAAUCCAUGGGAAAGAGCUGUGAUGGAAGAGCUUAUGUCAUUACUGGAAUGUGGAACCCCAACAUACCUACGUUCUUGGCACUUAAUGAAGAAACUCCUAAAGAUAAAAGGGUGUUCAUGACUGUAGCCGUGGAUAUGGUCGUCACUGAGGUGGUGGAGCCGGUCCGCUUCUUGUUAGAGACGUUGGUGCGUGUGUAUCCCGCCAAUGAGCGCUUCUGGUACUUCAGCAGAAAGACUUUCACUGAGACUUUCUUUAUGAAGCUCAAACAGUCUGAGGGAAGAGCCCACACCAGUGCUGGGGAUGCCAUCUACGAAGUAGUGAGUCUGCAGAGGGCGUCUGAGAAGGAGGAACCAGUCACUCCCACCAGUGCUGGGGGCCCGAUGUCGUCCCAGGAGGAUGAGCCAGAAGAAGAGAGUGAUAAUGAACUCUCAAGUGGUACUGGUGAUGUGUCUAAGGAUUGCCCUGAGAAGAUCUUAUAUUCAUGGGGAGAAUUGCUGGGAAGAUGGCACAAUAACCUUGGUGUACAGCCCAAAGGUCUAUCCACUUUGGUGAAGAGUGGAGUUCCAGAGGCAUUGAGGGCAGAGGUAUGGCAGUUACUAGCAGGCUGCCAUGACAACCAGACCAUGCUGGAUAAAUACCGAAUUCUUAUUACAAAGGACUCAGCCCAGGAGAGUGUUAUAACACGAGACAUUCAUCGAACAUUUCCCGCACACAAUCACUUCAAAGACACUGGAGGAGAUGGUCAAGAAUCCCUUUAUAAAAUCUGCAAGGCUUACUCUGUCUAUGAUGAAGAUAUUGGAUAUUGCCAAGGACAGUCUUUUCUUGCGGCCGUACUGCUGCUCCACAUGCCUGAAGAACAGGCAUUCUGUGUUUUGGUGAAGAUUAUGUAUGACUAUGGCUUGAGGGAUCUCUACAAAAACAACUUCGAAGAUCUUCACUGUAAAUUCUAUCAGCUGGAACGGCUCAUGCAGGAACAGUUACCAGACCUGCAUAGCCACUUCUGUGACCUGAACCUGGAGGCUCAUAUGUAUGCAUCACAGUGGUUUCUCACCCUCUUCACUGCCAAGUUCCCACUAUGCAUGGUCUUCCACAUCAUUGACUUACUGCUUUGUGAGGGUCUCAACAUAAUCUUCCAUGUAGCUUUGGCACUCUUAAAGACAUCCAAGGAGGACCUUCUGCAGGCUGACUUCGAAGGUGCUUUAAAGUUUUUCAGAGUCCAGCUUCCAAAGAGGUACAGGGCAGAAGAAAAUGCCCGGAGAUUGAUGGAACAAGCAUGUAACAUUAAGGUGCCUACUAAGAAGCUGAAGAAAUAUGAGAAAGAAUAUCAAACCAUGCGUGAGAGUCAGCUGCAGCAAGAGGACCCUAUGGACAGAUACAAGAGGGAGAACCGGAGGUUACAGGAAGCCAGCAUGCGGCUAGAACAAGAGAAUGAUGACCUUGCCCAUGAACUUGUAACCAGCAAAAUCGCUCUUCGAAAUGACUUGGACCAGGCUGAAGACAAGGCAGAUGUGUUAAAUAAAGAGCUGCUCCUGACCAAACAGAGACUAGUGGAAACUGAAGAAGAGAAGAGGAAACAAGAGGAAGAAACUGCUCAGCUAAAAGAAGUCUUUAGGAGACAGCUCGAGAAGGCAGAAUCUGAAAUAAAGAAAACAACAGCCAUCAUUGCUGAGUACAAACAGAUCUGCUCCCAAUUGAGUACCAGGCUGGAAAAACAGCAAACGGCCAACAAGGAAGAACUGGAAGUUGUCAAGGGGAAGGUGAUGGCGUGCAAACACUGCAGUGAGAUUUUCAAUAAGGAAGGGGCACUGAAGUUAGCAACUAUAAGCAAAGAAAACCAGGGCAUUGAAACUGACGACGAGAAGGACUCGCUCAAGAAACAGCUUCGGGAAAUGGAGCUGGAAUUAGCCCAGACCAAACUGCAGCUGGUGGAGGCCAAGUGUAAAAUCCAGGAGCUCGAGCACCAGAGAGGAGCCCUCAUGAAUGAAAUUCAAGCUGCAAAAAACUCUUGGUUUAGCAAAACCCUGAACUCUAUCAAAACAGCCACAGGUACACAGCCACCCCAGCAGCCUCAGCCAUCCCAGCCACCCCAGCCACCCAAAGAGAGCACGUAGUUCCUGCCAGAUUUCACGCACAAGAACACAACGAUUCAAGCAACUGAAGCCCUGGCAGAUUGUCUCAGUGUCCCUUUAAGGGGAAGGAAGGAAGGCCAGGGGGCAAGCCUCGAACUGAAAUCCUUCAGCAUCUCUCAUUCAUCUGGUGUGACGCUUUUCAAAGGAAAGUUAUUUAGAGUCCUGUUUUAUGUUGAAUAAUCUAUUUUCCACCUUCCUCACUGAAAACCACCAACAACCUUUUUACACCUUAUUUUAUUAUAUAUAGAUGUUAAGUUGGAAAUAAAUAAUUCAGAGCUAAAUGUUUUAUUUAGAACUAAUUCCUAAUUAUUUUGCAUCUUGUAUUAAAACAGUAAAUUUUUUGCUAUUUCAGGGUUGACAUGGUGGGAGAUGGGGUAUCGGUCAGGGCAAGGAAGAGAUUAAAAUUUGAGCCUUGAUCAUUUUCAGGACUUAAACUUAAAAUAAAGCACAUUGUAGGGGCAGGCCAUGACCACUGUCUAGGUCUUAGCCUAGAUGUGAUCCCAGUAGUUUACAAGAGGGAUGGUAAUAUCCUUUAGAGAAGCACUUUGCUUUUGAUGAGGGAUGAUCACAGACCAGUCUCCUGAAAAAGGACUCAUUUUUUGAAAAAUGUUCUUCUGGGUUCAUUUGGAAAUGAGCUCCUUACAUAGAUGUUUGGUGUUCCAAAGGCUCUUAUAUCCUUUGCCUUCUGGCACGCACACUAGAGCAAGGAAACUGGGGUUUCAGCAAUUCAAAGCCUCUCUAGCCUUGGCCUCAGUUUUUUGAAGAACUCCCUAUGUGAAUCCCAAGAGUCUGCCUGUGUGCAUGGCCUCAGGGAUGACAGACAGUCUUGUGGAUGUGUAGUGCAAGGGUAUUUUGUGAGCAGU